AUGUCGAGCAACACCACUGUUCAAACAAUCACAAGCCCGCCCGAAGUGCUUCCAUCCAACGUCCACGAUGCGAGCGACUUCCAACAAUAUGGGAUGGGAAUCAUACCGAGCCAUCCGGAGGAAGAUAGAACCUGGACUGGCAACUUCGAGGACCCUUUACUCGGACUCCUACAAAGCAACGACACGAAGCUGAUAUCCACGGAGUGGAUGGAUACGGACACGUUGGGAUUCUUGGCUCAUCAAGAUGAAAGUCUUGUAGCACAACCUCAUGACCUGCCACUUACACCCCCAACGACGAUUGGCUCUUUACCCACCAACACAGAAGACAGCUGGAUUCCAGGAUGUGAUCACCCGUCCGAGUUCAGUCACGCCGAAUCCUUUGCCGGCGAUACUAUGCCUCCAUCACCAGAAGCAACUUCACGAUCAUCCGAGUCGGCAGCACAGCGACUCGUGGAUCUUCAGUCUCUGCUGUUCUCACGGCACAUCACCAGAGCACAGGACGCAGACGGGCUUACAACACUGAUCAACACGACCCUUGCCACUAGUGAGGCCGAGCGUGGAAGGACGACGAUCUACUUCACCGCCAUCUUGCUGGACCGGAGCACCCGACACUUCCGGCUUCGCCACACAAGUAGUACCACAGCUUCCGAAAGAGCCAGUACAACAUCUACACCAACCACCAAACCUGACUCUCGUUAUCUCUCUUUUUAUGACAAAUUAUCUUCUUCUCCUGGAUUCUUACGAAGAACUCCUCAGCGCCCUGAGGGGCCGUCUUCAAUGUUCACGGCAGAGCCAGGGCCCGAGUCCCGGCAGCGACUUCAGCCUGGCACAGCCAUUUUUGGGCAGCAACACACCCAACGGAAACCUCAACAAAUUUAACGUUGUGAGCUCUUUUGACUUGGAUGUCAACUCGGUCGUGUUCUUGUUGUCUCGAAUGAUGAAGAGACUACACAAAUCUACGGAAUGCCGCUUCAACUCCGUUUCCAUGACACCACCUGCCGUUAGCCAGUCUCGAGGUCAGGGAUUCCCGGCUUCAGCUACAUCAUACAACUUUGACUUCCAAGAUGGGAUAAGCCAGGAUACAGACGGGUGCUCGGAAACGUCAGGGACCUUUUCUCCGAUGGCUAUGAUGGGGGACUAUGCACUGCGGGAAGUAAGCCAGAG